AUGAAUCAAAGUGAUCCGGUUGUCUUGAACAGGUCUCAAGCUCAGGAAACACGAGGCAGCCAUAACAGCGCUACUACCCCUAGCCGACGCACUUCAUCUUCCGCGUCGUCUCGCUCGCAGAGGCGGUCUCCCAGUCCCGAAGAACGCAGCGGUUCGAAGACUCCGCUGACACCAGAGGAGAGUCCGCCUUUCAAGUCGACCGCAACAAGGAAACGAGACGCCGGUAUUGUAGAGGCAGAAGACAAAGAGAUUGACGACAGCGAAGCAACUCCAACUCACGCCAGGCAGGACAGCGGUGAUAGUGGUAUCCACGUCUGUAUCUGCCAGCCCGACCCGAAGAUCCGCCGACCGAGAAACGCGUUCAUAUUAUAUCGACAGCACCAUCAAGCCAACGUUGUUGCUCAGAAUCCAGGUCUUGCAAAUCCAGAAAUCUCGAAGAUUAUCGGUGAGCAGUGGCAGAAUCAGUCUCCUGAAGUCAAGAACAAGUGGAAGGCCCUUGCCGAAGAGGAGAAGCUUCGUCACCAGCAGCAGUACCCGACCUAUCGUUACCAACCCAAACGCAGCGGUCGUCGCAACAGCCAGUCCUCUGACUGUAGUGGGAAGAAGGCCAAGUGUGCGAAGUGCGGUGGUAGGAGUAUCUUGGCUCCAUCAACACCUUUUUCGAACGUGCAAUCCAGCAACCCAAGCCCAGCAGGACCACAGACUCCCAGCUCGGCGAUCACUCCAGUCUCCAGGACUCUUCCAGUGCUCAGAGAUCUGAGCCUCCAAUCACCAGCAGCACGUCGCUUGGGCAAGCAGUUCCCUAGCAGUAACAUGUCACCACUCCACGCACACCCUGACGACAGAGACGAUCUUGGUCCUUUGAGCCAAGAUCUCAAGCGGCGUCGAUACAACGGAGAGCAUGCCCCAACGCUCAGCAGAGCCAUGCCAACUCGCUAUGCGGCUGCUCCAGCAGCUCCUCAGAGCGGCCCGGGUACCCCAUUCCCGUUCGCACAGGCGCCUCCACACCCGUAUCCUCCUGGCGCUGCGCAUUCUCGUCGUGAAAGCUUGCCUGGCCUUCGCGGUAUGGUCAGCUCUCCAGGCGCGAUGGCACCUCCGCCACGUCCUGGCCCAGGCUAUCAGCAGCACCGCUUGUCCCAAGGCCACAUUCCACACGAUCGGUCCCUCACUCUGCCACCACUGCAGACCAGCACUACUGCGAACGUGCCAAGUGCACUGGCUACCGCAGGAGCAGGCAAGACGGCCAAAGAGCAGAUCAUGAACUUGGACUUCCGGCACAAGAUCAGCGUGCUGCGCCGCGUUGCGCCUCCAACACCGUUGAAGAAGUCAGCUCUGCGUGGACCUUUACUCGUUGUCGAAGGAGACAACGUGGAGGCGGUGAAAGAUCUUGGAAAGUGGCUGAGUGAUACGCUUCGCAAGGACGACGAUCUCACUGUGAGCCUUCGCAAUGGACCGACGCUCUCCGCAGACGGCUCCAAAGAGAAGCUCAUGGCGCAGUAUCACCGUCUUGCUGCGGAGUGGUUGGAUAAGAGUGGUGGGAUCAGAGACUCGUUGGCGAUACGGACCAGCUCACCGACUGACUCUGUCAUGGUCGAUGCAGCGCCUGCGGUCGUGAAGGCUGGAAGAGACAUUGACGAGAACUACGACGAUAGCGACUCAUCGACGUCCAAGGCCAAGGCCGAGAAGGCAGCUGAGGGACGGAAGGAGACAGGCUCCGAGCGUGCCAAAUCCGACGCCUCGAAGAUGGACGUCGACACGGCAUCAAAGGGGUUUCGCUCGUCGAUGGGUGAUUCAGCCAUGAAAGACGGCGGCUCUUCGUCCAGCUCCGCCAAGCCGAUCAGCAUCAUCGCCAACUACUCACUCCACGCAAGCAACUUCUUCGCGUGCAACAUCCCCAUCGAUGCGCAUGAUCCAUACGCGCCGACUGAUCAUUGGCAGUGGACGGCCACGCAAUGGCGUGGCAUCAUCAGCCCUGACUUGACUAUCUACGUCCGCGAUGGGGUUACGGGCGAUAGUGGCAAGCAGAGCGUCGACAUUCUGGAUGAAGGCAACCUGUUUGUGGUGAAGAGAACGAAGGCGGAUGGAAAGGAGACGCUGGAGAUUGAGCCGUCUACUCUGCGUCGUCUUGGGUUCGAAGUCAGCGAGUGGGUCAGAGCCUUUGGGUCGAAUGCGGAGUGA